AUGGACGGGCCCUGCCGAGCCGGUCGCUGCGCGGCCCUGGCGCUGCUGGCCGCCUGCUGCCUGGCCCGCGGCGGUCGCGCCGAGCGGCAGUUUCUCAACGAGUGGGCGGCCGAGGUCCCGGCGGGCCCCGACGCCGCCCGAGCCAUCGCCGAGGAGCUGGACUACGACCUCGUGGGGCAGAUUGGGUCGCUCAAAAAUCACUAUCUGUUCAGACAUAAGAGCCAUCCACGACGGUCCCGGAGAAGUGCCAUUCACAUCACCAAGAGGCUUUCUGAUGAUGAGCGGGUGUCAUGGGCAGAGCAGCAGUAUGAAAAAAAGCGAACUAAGCGUGCUGCUGUGACAGACUCGGCAGAGAAUCUCUUCAACGAUCCUAUGUGGAAUAAGCAGUGGUAUCUGCAAGAUACAAGAAUAACUCCAUCUCUUCCCAAACUGGAUCUCCACGUUAUUCCUGUGUGGCAAAAAGGGAUUACAGGCAAGGGUGUUGUCAUCACAGUAUUAGAUGAUGGAUUGGAAUGGAAUCACACUGACAUCUACUCUAACUAUGAUCCGAAGGCAAGUUAUGAUUUCAAUGACAAUGACCACGAUCCAUUUCCUAGAUAUGACCCAACAAACGAAAACAAGCAUGGAACACGGUGUGCAGGAGAAAUUGCCAUGCAAGCCAACAAUAGAAAAUGUGGAGUUGGAGUAGCCUACAAUUCUAAAGUUGGAGGUAUACGCAUGCUGGAUGGAAUAGUCACUGAUGCUAUUGAGGCCAGUUCAAUUGGUUUCAAUCCGGAACACGUGGAUAUUUACAGUGCAAGCUGGGGCCCAAAUGAUGAUGGUAAAACUGUUGAGGGACCUGGGAGACUGGCACAGAAAGCUUUUGAAUAUGGGAUAAAACAGGGCCGAAAUGGAAAAGGCUCCAUUUUUGUGUGGGCUUCGGGGAAUGGAGGUCGUCAGGGUGACAACUGUGACUGUGAUGGUUACACUGAUAGUAUCUACACUAUCUCCAUUAGCAGUGCUUCUCAGCAAGGCCUUUCUCCCUGGUAUGCAGAGAAGUGCUCUUCAACUCUGGCCACAGCGUACAGCAGCGGGGACUAUACUGACCAAAGAAUUACAAGUGCUGAUCUUCACAAUGAAUGUACAGAGACUCACACUGGGACCUCUGCAUCUGCACCAUUGGCAGCAGGAAUUUUUGCUCUUGCUCUGGAAGUAAACCCAAAUCUAACAUGGAGGGAUAUGCAGCACUUGGUAGUGUGGACCUCGGAAUAUGAUCCACUGGCUGUCAAUCCAGGAUGGAAGAAGAACGGAGCGGGGCUGAUGGUGAACAGCAGAUUUGGAUUUGGACUACUCAAUGCAAAUGCAUUGGUGGAUUUAGCUGAUCCCAAAAGAUGGAAAGGUGUACCAGAAAAGAGAGAGUGUAUUGUUAAAGACAGAAGCUUUGAACCAAGGUUAUUAAGAGCAAAUGAGGAGGUCAUCAUUGAAAUUCCUACAAAAGCCUGUGAGGGUCAAGAGAACUCAAUUGCAUCUCUGGAGCAUGUGCAGCUUGAAGCAACUAUUGAAUAUUCCCGGAGAGGAGAUCUUCAUGUCACUCUGGUGUCUCCGUCAGGGACCAGCACUGUAUUACUGGCUGAGAGAGAGCGAGAUAAAUCUCCCAAUGGCUUUAAGAACUGGGAUUUCAUGUCUGUGCACACAUGGGGAGAGAAUCCAACAGGCACUUGGGUGUUAAGAAUUACUGAUGUGUCCAAAAGAAUACAAAAUGAAGGAAGGAUUGUAAACUGGAAAUUGAUUUUGCAUGGCACUGAUACCCAGCCUGAACAUAUGAAACAACCACGUGUAUACACAUCUUACAAUGCUGUGCAAAAUGACAGAAGAGGAGUGGAGAAGAUGACAGACCUUGUAGAGGAUCGUACCACACAGGAAAAUUUGAGUGCAAAAAACAAAGGAACACAAGAUAUCGGUAGCACCAGGAACAAAGCAGAAGAUAAGUUCCCAUCAGAGGCUAUGCUGCAUUUACUGCGAAGUGCUUUUAGCAGACAGAUGGCUCAGAAGCGACUGCCGAAGAAGACUGCAAGUGAGAAGUUAAGCAUUCCAUAUGAGCACUUCUAUCAAGCCCUCGAAAAAUUAAACAAGCCCUCCCAGUUAAAAGACUCAGAAGAAAGUCUGUACAGUGACUAUGUUGAUCUUUUUUACAAUGCCAAACCAUACAAGCAUAGAGAUGACAGACUGCUGCAAGCCUUGGUUGAUAUUAUAAAUGAAGGAAACUAAACUAUAGGAUAUGACAUUGAGUUGGAAAUAUUCAUUAUCCCACCCCACCUCCAUUUUAUUUGGGUUUUUCUUCAGAACUCUAUUGUAUGCUCUAGUUGUGUGAUUGCUGCUUUGCUUCAUAUUUAACACAAACUUCAAGGAAGAAAAAAUGAAUGUGGGAUGAUAAGGCAGUAAGCUGAUGCUUUUUAGUAAUAGCUUUUUUCAAAGACUUUCUUCAUUACCAUCAGAGUAGAUUUGCCCCCUCAGGCGUGAAAUGCAGCAGUAUUCCCUUGAAAAUACUAAUGCUCUAUUUUAAACAUUUUCACAUUAUUUAUUCUUCUACCCUACUCCCUUAGCCUGCAGUAGGAUUCAAAAUCUGAAUUGCCAAGCAGUUUUGAACACAACAGCUGAAGCUAUGGGGAGAUACUCUCAUCUCUGUGUUCGUAAUGAGUAGAGCAGUCUUAUAUUUGGCAUUUACUGAAGAUUUAACACCUGCAGCAAGUACCUCUUCCCUCAUAGUAUUUUUUUUUCUUUUUUUUUUUUUUUUCUGAACAACAAUGCACUCUUACCCUUCUGUUCUCUUGUAAAGGAGCAGUUGGGAAACUGGAAUUGAAUUGGAGCAUCACUAAGUUAUUAAUGGUUUAGACUAGAGACAGUCAUAUUCUAACAUAAAAGAGCUCCAAACAAAGCAUUCCAGACCAUGGGGAUUCUCACCACCUAACUUAAACUGCCUAAAUGAAGUGCCUGAAUUAUGAGCUUAGUUUUUCUAGGCUGUAUGUAGCUAAUGAAGACAGAUAGCACUUAAAAGCACUUGACCAGUUUUUGCGCUGGUUCAGAAUUACAUAAUGUGGAGUACCUAUCUAUUUUUAUUGACUAUGUGAACUUUGAAGAACCAACCUCCUGCCUUUGGAGCCUCUGUCAGAUUUCUAGAGUUAAGUGAUAUAAAUGCAUUCUGAGAUGUCCAUGUCCGCAGCAGCCAGGACAACAAAGCUGGGAUUGUUUUGUCCCAUCCUUAACCUAUGACUGCAUCUUCAAGUGUCUGGUGAAUUCUAACACCUCCCAAGUAUCUAGGAAGUCAAGGCAAAAUUAAUGGAGGGAGGUGUAAUAUAAAAAAAAAUACCCAGAAGGGAGUCAUAAAUAGAGGGAAGGACAGAAUAGGAUGUGGAAGAGGGAGAGGAAAGGAAGAAGAAUGUGAUGGAGUGGGGAACAAAGUAGUAUCAGCAGCAAGGACAGGCUGCUGCUUACCUGCAGCAGUGAUAGGAAAAUAAGAAUGAAAAGAUAAAAGGAAAGUUCAUAGUGGUGAGGCUUCUCUGGAGUAUAAUUACAAGUAGUGAAGGGAGAAGUGGACUGGUCAGAAAGAUCUAUCACCCUAUCUAAAGUGGAAAAAAUUAUAUGUGCUGUCAUACACAGUGGAGUGGUAUGAAUGGCAGCAUAUUAGACA